AAAGGCGGCCCAAGUAAGGGGAGACACAUCUCAGCACAAGCAAGAGGGAGGCUGCGGCGGCGGCGGAGGCGGAGGUGAGCAUUGCAAUGGCGACGGUGGCCGGCGACGAUGGCGGCGGCGGCGGUGAGUUCUACCUGCGGUACUACGUGGGGCACAAGGGGAAGUUCGGGCACGAGUUCCUGGAGUUCGAGUUCCGGCCCGACGGGAAGCUCCGGUACGCCAACAACUCCAACUACAAGAAGGACACCAUGAUCCGCAAGGAGGUGUUCGUCUCCCCCUCCGUCCUCCGCGAGGCCACCAGGAUCAUCCACGAAUCCGAGAUGGGGUUGGUGUACAUACUACAGAUUAUGAAGGAGGAUGACAGCAACUGGCCGGAGCCAGACCGCGUGGGAAGGCAGGAGCUGGAGAUCGUGAUGGGGAACGAGCACAUCUCCUUCACCACCUCCAAGAUCGGCUCCCUCGUCGACGUCCAGACCAGCAAGGACCCCGAGGGCCUCCGCAUCUUCUACUACCUCGUCCAGGAUCUUAAGUGCUUCGUGUUUUCACUCAUCAAUCUCCACUUCAAGAUCAAGCCCAUUCAAUCUUGAGCUCCUUUCAGUUUCUUAAUUGUAUUAUGGUCAGUGUUAGAGAGCUCAGUACAAUGUAUGAUCUGAUCCAGUGAGUUAACCCUGAUGACUUUUGGGUGGUUUGUGGACAUUGAGGGUGGAAAUCUUCAGACUCUGUUGCCUGGGAUUGUUGUUGGAUUGUGCAAACUUCGGGUGCUCAUUACUCAAGUAGUGAUAUUUAUGCUUCUUUACAUCCUUUUGGCAGCCUUCCUGUCAGUGUCUAUCUGCAGUAGUUUUGAUCCAUUAUCCAUAAGAUUGAAUGGUGGUUGUGUUUUAA